AUGCAGAGCAACGCGGAGAAUCCACGCAAGAGAUUCACAGCUGCUGCUGCUGCUCCAGCCAACAGUGGGGAUAGUAACGGUAGCGGCAGCAACGACGCCGGUCCGUCUCGACCUCGAAUCGCCAAUGCCGUACCGUCAGAGAUCCUCGACGACCCCGAGUUAAACCAGGCUAUUGCAUCUAUCCUGCCUUCCAACUACAACUUUGAGAUUCACAAGACUAUCCACCACAUUCGCAAAGCCUCGGCGACAUGUGUCGCGCUUCAAAUGCCCGAAGGUCUCACACUCUGGGCGACGGGCAUCGCCGACAUCGUGGAGCGUUUCACCGAUGCCACGACGGUCAUCAUGGGUGACGUGACGUACGGUGCGUGCUGUGUGGACGACUAUACGGCGAUGGCACUCGGAUGCGAUAUGCUGGUUCACUACGGACACAGCUGCUUGGUUCCCGUGGACCAAACGGCGAUCAAGACUCUGUACGUGUUUGUCGAGAUCUCGAUCGAUCCUGCCCACUUGGCAGCUACGAUCAGGGCCAACUUCCCGAGCGAAAGGCAAGACUUCCGGGACAAAAUCCUGGGAGGAAGUCAGAACGCAGCCGGCAAAAGGAACGAGGUGGAUGAAAGUGCGGGCCGUGCUAGAAUUCAGGUCGGCGAACAAGAGGCUGCGUUCAGCGAGGCGAUGCCUGCGGUCGCCAAACAGCCGCCGACUCACCUGGCCCUUGUGGGAACAGUGCAGUUCAUCAACGCAAUUCACGGACUACGCGAAGCGCUAGAAGAGCAGCAGCAUCGACUCGCCGAUGGGCAGAUUGUGUCAGGCGAGCCCCCUGCGGAUCGUCUGUUGCUCACCGCAGGCACAGCAACGAACGGCACCGUCGAGCACAUCUCUCAAGCGGCAAAGUGGAAGUCGUGGAGCUCAGGAGAGUACAAGGUGACGGUACCUCAGGUCAAACCCCUCAGUCCUGGCGAGGUGCUGGGAUGUACAUCUCCCAAGCUCGACAAGGACGGCAUCGAUGCGAUCGUCUACAUUGGCGAUGGCCGCUUCCACCUCGAGUCGAUCAUGAUCGCCAACCCACGCAUUCCUGCAUUCCGAUACGAUCCGUACACCAAACGCUUCGUGCGCGAAUUGUACGACCACGCGGAGAUGCGGAAGAUGCGUGGCGAGGCGGUGAGGCUAGCGCAAGACAGCGUGGGCGGUAUGGACCUCGAUCCCGAGUCUUCCAUUGUGAAGCAGCAGAACGAGGCCGAAGAGCAGAGCAGGGUGACGCCUUCAGGUUGGGGAGUGGUGUUGGGCACUCUGGGACGGCAGGGAAGCCUGCGGGUGCUCGAGUCGCUCAGCGCCUCGCUUGCCGAGCAUUCGCCGCCCAUCCCUCAUGUACCGAUCCUGCUCUCCGAGCUCUCCCCGCAAAAGCUGGCGCUGUUCGGCGAGCACCUUUCGGCCUUUAUCCAAUCCAGCUGCCCACGCCUUUCGAUCGAUUGGGGUUCGGCGUUCGCCAAACCGCUAUUGAGUCCCUACGAGGCAGCUGUCAGCGUCAAAAAGGUGAAAGGAUGGCAGGAAGACGUACAAGGGCUGGGAAUGAGCAGGAACCCCGCGCAAAAAAAUCAGGGUGGAGACGGUGGCGAUGCUGUGCCUGCGGAAGACAAGCAUCUGCCUCUCGACGGAGACUAUCCGAUGGACUUUUACAGCGAUACCUCGUUGGGACCUUGGACACCACGACACGGAAUGGCACCAGCAAAGAAGCCGAGCGGUGCCAAGUCGAACCUGGCUCUGUUGAGGAGUCUACGGAACAAUCGUGCCAAGGCAGCUGCACCUCCUGCGAGUGCUGCCACCGCUUGA